AUGAUUGUUCCCACUUAUGGAGACGUUUUGGAUGCCAGCAACAGAAUUAAAGAAUAUGUAAAUAAAACACCGGUUCUCACUUCACGAAUGCUUAAUGAUCGACUUGGAGCACAAAUAUACUUUAAAGGUGAGAAUUUCCAACGAGUGGGAGCGUUCAAGUUUCGUGGAGCAAUGAAUGCUGUUUCAAAAUUAAGUGAUGAAAAAAGAAGUAAGGGAGUAAUUGCCUUCUCAUCAGGAAACCAUGCACAGGCUAUUGCUCUUAGUGCAAAACUAUUAAAUGUACCUGCAACAAUUGUUAUGCCCGAGGAUGCGCCCGCCCUUAAAGUUGCUGCUACAGCCGGUUACGGAGCACAUAUCAUAAGGUAUAACAGGUAUACUGAAGAUCGCGAGCAGAUUGGGCGUCAACUAGCAGCCGAACAUGGUUUUGCAUUGAUUCCGCCCUACGAUCAUCCUGAUGUUAUUGCAGGGCAAGGUACGUCGGCAAAAGAGCUAUUAGAAGAGGUUGGACAACUUGAUGCAUUAUUUGUUCCUUUGGGCGGUGGUGGGCUCCUUUCAGGAUCUGCACUUGCCGCUAGAAGCCUUUCUCCAGGCUGCAAAAUUUUUGGGGUUGAACCUGAAGCUGGUAACGAUGGACAACAAUCCUUCAGAUCGGGUUCCAUUGUUCAUAUCAAUACGCCAAAAACUAUCGCAGAUGGCGCUCAAACACAACACCUCGGUGAGUACACAUUUGCCAUUAUUCGCGAAAAUGUCGAUGAUAUUUUAACGGUUAGCGACCAAGAGCUAGUAAAAUGCAUGCACUUUCUUGCGGAACGCAUGAAGGUGGUUGUUGAGCCCACAGCUUGUUUGGGAUUUGCAGGUGCACUUCUAAAAAAGGAAGAGCUAGUUGGGAAGAAAGUAGGCAUAAUACUAAGUGGAGGUAAUGUAGACAUGAAGAGAUAUGCUACUUUAAUCUCUGGGAAGGAAGAUGGCCCAACGAUUUAG